AGAAUAUUUUGGGCUACCUGUGGCAAGUCGAGAUCCAAAAUGGCGGCAAAGUUGACAUCUUUGGUGAUACAGAGUAAAAAUGGACGUCAUCUUCAAUUAUAAACAUGUUCACAAGCCAGGAGUACAUAGACCGUAAAAGCGGUAAAGAUAGAUUGGGAAGGCUUGAAUAUUUACAGGCUUUGGUUACCGAGUUUCAAGAUACACACAAGCAAGACAACAAAGAGCAAGUUCUAGCCAACCUUGCAAACUUUGCAUAUGAUCCCAUCAACUACGAGCAUUUCAGAAAGCUGAAUGUGUUGGAUUUAUUCUUAGAUUCAAUAACUGAGGAAAAUGAAAAGAUGGUUGAAUUUGGUAUUGGAGGCAUCUGUAACUGCUGUUUAGAUAAGCAGAACAAGCAGUUUAUCAUUGAGAAUGGAGGCAUUCCUUUGAUAAUCAAUUGCCUGUCAAGUUCAACUGAGGAGACAGUGUUAUCAGCCCUCACCUCUCUAAUGUUUUUGAUGACACCAGCAACAACAAAAGAAAUCUUGUGUCCUGCUGUAGUGGACUGCUUACAAGAGUUUGCAGAUUCAUCAAAUAAACGACUCAGCAACCUGGCUAAAGUUUUCCUCAAGGAUUAUCAUAAACCAUCAUAUUGACAUUCAAGAUGUUUGAGAGGCCACUGCAAGAUUUUGUUUAGGGAGAUAGUUCUUGGUCUGUCUACGUGAUACUCUCUCCAUGAUGAGUGAGCAUGCACUUCAGGUGGCAACACUUUUAGAAAAUAUCCACACUACAGACGUGCUAGUUUUACUAUUUAACUACAGGUAACCCUAGAAGUAUCGGCGUUGUUAGUAAUCGAUUCUCACUACAGUUAAGUUGGUAUUACCAUUUAGCUACGGGUAAUGCUAGAAGUUCCAGCGUUGCUGAUAAUACUGUACAUUCUCACUACAGACCAGUUAGUAUUACCAUUUACCUACAUUUAACGUUUUUGGUGACAAUAUGCAGCAAUCACGGGUACACUUAAAACGA